AUCACUUUGGAUUUUCUGAAUGGAACUACCUGUAGUUUGUGAAUGAGAUAAAAAUGACAAGUGAAACUUACGUCUAUUGUAUUUCUCUUGGGAAUCUUUCGUAUUACUGUUGUAUAAAGGGAUAGAGUUAAAUCAUAUCUUGUCACGGGAAUCAUCAAGGUAAGGGCGUCGCCAGGUUCUCAUUGUUUAUCCAAUUGGACCAUUUAGCAACUACAUAUUUUAAGAGAGUCCACACUGCACUGACCUGGAAAUGAGUCGUCAAGUCCUCUGGCCUGUAUGGCUGCUGGCCACUUGUGUGUUGUCGGUCCAGUGCUCGCUGCUUCCAUACGGUGAUACCGAGGGUCACAUUGCCACCCCCGGGCUGGACGAUGGUUCUGGCCCCUCCCUCAGUCUACAGCCGCCUUUCCGAUUUUAUGGAACAAACUACAACACUGCUUUUGUGAACAAUGAUGGUUCUGUGACAUUCAUUAAGGCUGGAACAUUUCAAGACACAACCUCUGAUCCCGGAAAUACUCCAGCAGUGUGUGGUCUGUGCACUGACAUUGAUGUAACCGUCGACACAUUCCAGAUCACCAUGGCAACUGAUGGCACGGCGUCAGUCGUGAUACUGUUCUAUGAAAGGAUAGAAUGGGUGUAUGAUAAUUCUGACUUUAUGGCUCUAUAUGAAGGCACAGAACCCUCCGUUCGUACACAGAGCGGCUUCUUAGCUGGUGAUGGGAUGAAGUCGUACCUGCUGCCGGGAUCCAAGUCUGAGGAACUCAUCAACAUUACUAAACUGUCUAACGUUGGCGUUGCUGGCAAAUUCAUCUUCCGAGUUGACUCCGAAAUCCUUCCCGUGCACCUCCCUGACACCACAAGUUCUGCACAGAGAACUACUGACACAACAACCCCAACAACAAUCGCUGACAACAUUACUCCAAGGCAGUCAACUUCAUCAACAUCACUGACGUCUACAUCAACGUCCCCGAUCUCCGAUACAACGCCUCAUUCAGACACAUCUACGACGAUACGCGCGUCAGAAGUAGCUGAAACGACGACCAUAACUGCUUCACCGUCUGAUUCAUCGGCUACGACAGUGGCCUCUCCGUCAGAUGCAACGUCAUCGUUAACAGUGACCUCUCCCGCAGAUACAAAAUCGUCUGCAUCUUCUUCACUGCAAGAUCAAACAUCUGUAACAGAGACCUCUCCAUCAAAUACUAUAACAUCCCUAACAGAGACUUCCCCGUCAAAUACAAUAAUAUCUCUAACAGAGACCUCCCCGUCAAAUACAAUAACAUCUGUAACAGAGACUUCCCCGUCAAAUACAAUAACAUCCGUAAUAGAGACCUCCCCAGACUUCCCCGUCAAAUACAAUAACAUCUGUAACAGAGACCUCCCCGUCAAAUACAAUAACAUCCGUAACAGAGACCUCCCCGUCAAAUACAAUAACAUCCGUAACAGAGACCUCCCCGUCAAAUACAAUAACAUCCGUAACAGAGACUUCCCCGUCAAAUACAAUAACAUCUGUAACAGAGACUUCCCCGUCAAAUACAAUAACAUCCGUAACAGAGACCUCCCCGUCAAAUACAAUAACAUCCGUAAAAGAGACCUCCCCGUCAAAUACAAUAACAUCUGUAACAGAGACUUCCCCGUCAAAUACAAUAACAUCCGUAAAAGAGACCUCCCCGUCAAAUACAAUAACAUCUGUAACAGAGACUUCCCCGUCAAAUACAAUAACAUCCGUAACAGAGACCUCCCCGUCAAAUACAAUAACAUCCGUAAAAGAGACAUCCCCGUCAAAUACAUUAACAUCUGUAACAGAGACAUCACCGUCAAAUACAAUAACAUCCGUAAUAGAGACCUCCCCGUCAAAUACAAUGACAUCUGUAACAGAGACCUCCCCGUCAAAUACAAUAACAUCUGUAACAGAGACCUCCCCGUCAAAUACAAUAACAUCUGUAACAGAGACUUCUCCGUCAAAUACAAUAACAUCCGUAAAAGAGACCUCCCCGUCAAAUACAAUAACAUCCGUAAAAGAGACCUCCCCGUCAAAUACAAUAACAUCUGUAACAGAGACUUCCCCGUCAAAUACAAUAACAUCUGUAACAGAGACUUCCCUGUCAAAUACAAUAACAUCCGUAAAAGAGACCUCCCCGUCAAAUACAAUAACAUCUACCUCCCCGUCAAAUACAAUAACAUCCGUAAAAGAGACAUCCCCGUCAAAUACAUUAACAUCUGUAACAGAGACAUCACCGUCAAAUACAAUAACAUCCGUAAUAGAGACCUCCCCGUCAAAUACAAUAACAUCUGUAACAGAGACCUCCCCGUCAAAUACAAUAACAUCUGUAACAGAGACCUCCCCGUCAAAUACAAUAACAUCUGUAACAGAGACUUCUCCGUCAAAUACAAUAACAUCCGUAAAAGAGACCUCCCCGUCAAAUACAAUAACAUCCGUAACAGGGACCUCCCCGUCAAAUACAAUAACAUCUGUAACAGAGACUUCCCCGUCAAAUACAAUAACAUAUGUAACAGAGACCUCCCCGUUAGAUAUGAUAUCAUCUACACCUGCUUCGCUGUCAGAUCUACUAACUGUAACCUACAUGUCAAAUACCGCCACUGCUUCAUCAUCGGAAAUAACACCAACUACACCUGCUUUACGAUCGGAUCCAACAUCUAUUCUACCUGCUUCUUUAUCGAAUCCAACAUCUACUUCACCUGGUUCAUCAUCGGAUCCAACAUCUGCAACACCUGGUUCAUCAUCGGAUCCAACAUCUACUACACCUGGUUCAUCAUCGGAUCCAACACCAACAACACCUGGUUCAUCAUCGCGGAGCCAACAUCUACAACAACUGCUUCAUCGGACCUAACAUCAGCUCCAUAUGGUUCAUCCUCGGAUUCAACACCAAUGACACCUUUUUCAUCAUCCGAUCUAACAUCAACUGAACCUGCUUCAUCAUCCGAUCUAACAUCAACUGAACCUGCUUCAUCAUCGGAUCUAACAUCAACUACACCUGAUUCACCCUCGGAUCCAACAUCUACUACACCUCCUUCAUCAUCAGAUCCAACAUCAAUUACACCUGAUUUGUUAUCGGAGCCAACAACUACAACAGCUGCUUCAUCGGACCUAACAUCAGCUCCAUAUGGUUCAUCUUCGGAUUCAACACCAAUGACACCUUUUUCAUCAUCCGAUCUAACAUCAAUUGAACCUGCUUCAUCAUCGGAUCUAACAACAACUACACCUGAUUCACCCUCGGAUCCAACAUCUACUACACCUUCUUCAUCAUCAGAUCCAACAUCAAUUACACCUGAUUUGUUAUCGGAGCCAAAAUCUACAACAACUGCUUCAUCGGACCUAACAUCAGCUGCACAUGCUUCAUCCUCGGAUCCAACACUAAUUACACAUUCUUCAUCAUCGGAUCUAACAUCAACUGAACCUGCUUCGUCAUCGGAUCUAACAUCAGCUACACCUGAUUUGUUAUCGGAGCCAACAUCUACAACAACUGCUUCAUCGGACCUAACACCAGCUACACAUGCUUCAUCCUCGGAUCCAACACUAAUUACACAUUCUUCAUCAUCUGAUCUAACAUCAACUGCACCUGCUUCAUCAUCGGAUCCAACAUCAGCUACACCUGAUUCUUCAUCAAAUCCAUCAUCAGCUACAACUGCUUCAUGGGACCCAACAUCAACUAUACCUGCUCUAUCAUCGGAUCCAACACUAUCUACACCUGCUUCAUCAUCGGAUUCAACAUCAACCACACCUGCUACAUCAUCCGAUCCAACCUCUACUACACCUGAUUUGUCAUCAGAUCUAACAUCAUCCACACCUGCUUUAUUAUCGGAUCCAACUUCAACUACAACAGCUUCAUCGGAGCCAUCAUCAACAACAACUGCUUCAUCGGACCUAACAUCAGCUGCACAUGCUUCAUCCUCGGAUCCAACACUAAUUACACAUUCUUCAACAUCGGAUCUAACAUCAACUGCACCUGCUUCAUCAUCGGUUUCAACAAUAAAUACCCUUAUUUCAUCACCGGAUCUUACAUCUACUACAUCUGCUUCGUCAUCAGAUCCACCAUCAACCACUUCUGCUUUAUUAUCGGAUCCAACAUCAACCACACCUGAUUUAUCAUCGGAUACAACAACUACUACACCUGCGUCGUCAUCAGAUCCAACAUCCACCACAUCUGCUUUAUUAUCGGAUGAAACUUCAACUACACCUGAUUCACCCUCGGAUCCAACAUCUACUACACCUCCUUCAUCAUCAGAUCCAACAUCAAUUACACCUGAUUUGUUAUCGGAGCCAACAACUACAACAACUGCUUCAUCGGACCUAACAUCAGCUCCAUAUGGUUCAUCUUCGGAUUCAACACCAAUGACACCUUUUUCAUCAUCGGAUCUAACAUCAACUGAACCUGCUUCAUCAUCGGAUCUAACAACAACUACACCUGAUUCACCCUCGGAUCCAACAUCUACUACACCUUCUUCAUCAUCAGAUCUAACAUCAAUUACACCUGAUUUGUUAUCGGAGCCAAAAUCUACAACAACUGCUUCAUCGGACCUAACAUCAGCUGCACAUGCUUCAUCCUCGGAUCCAACACUAAUUACACAUUCUUCAUCAUCGGAUCUAACAUCAACUGAACCUGCUUCGUCAUCGGAUCUAACAUCAGCUACACCUGAUUUGUUAUCGGAGCCAACAUCUACAACAACUGCUUCAUCGGACCUAACACCAGCUACACAUGCUUCAUCCUCGGAUCCAACACUAAUUACACAUUCUUCAUCAUCUGAUCUAACAUCAACUGCACCUGCUUCAUCAUCGGAUCCAACAUCAGCUACACCUGAUUCUUCAUCGAAUCCAUCAUCAACUACAACUGCUUCAUGGGACCCAACAUCAACUAUACCUGCUCUAUCAUCGGAUCCAACACUAUCUACACCUGCUUCAUCAUCGGAUCCAACAUCAACCACACCUGCUACAUCAUCCGAUCCAACCUCUACUACACCUGAUUUGUCAUCAGAUCUAACAUCAUCCACACCUGCUUUAUUAUCGGAUCCAACUUCAACUACAACAGCUUCAUCGGAGCCAUCAUCAACAACAACUGCUUCAUCGGACCUAACAUCAGCUGCACAUGCUUCAUCCUCAGAUCCAACACUAAUGACACAUUCUUCAACAUCGGAUCUAACAUCAACUGUACCUGCUUCAUCAUCGGUUUCAACAAUAAAUACCCUUAUUUCAUCACCGGAUCUUACAUCUACUACAUCUGCUUCGUCAUCAGAUCCACCAUCAACCACUUCUGCUUUAUUAUCGGAUCCAACAUCAACCACACCUGAUUUAUCAUCGGAUACAACAACUACUACACCUGCGUCGUCAUCAGAUCCAACAUCCACCACAUCUGCUUUAUUAUCGGAUGAAACAUCAACUACACCUGAUUCACCCUCGGAUCCAACAUCUACUACACCUCCUUCAUCAUCAGAUCCAACAUCAACCACACCUGAUUUGUUAUCGGAGCCAACAACUACAACAACUGCUUCAUCGGACCUAACAUCAGCUCCAUAUGGUUCAUCUUCGGAUUCAACACCAAUGACACCUUUUUCAUCAUCCGAUCUAACAUCAACUGAACCUGCUUCAUCAUCGGAUCUAACAACAACUACACCUGAUUCACCCUCGGAUCCAACAUCUACUACACCUUCUUCAUCAUCAGAUCCAACAUCAAUUACACCUGAUUUGUUAUCGGAGCCAAAAUCUACAACAACUGCUUCAUCGGACCUAACAUCAGCUGCACAUGCUUCAUCCUCGGAUCCAACACUAAUUACACAUUCUUCAUCAUCGGAUCUAACAUCAACUGAACCUGCUUCAUCAUCGGAUCUAACAUCAGCUACACCUGAUUUGUUAUCGGAGCCAACAUCUACAACAACUGCUUCAUCGGACCUAACACCAGCUACACAUGCUUCAUCCUCGGAUCCAACACUAAUUACACAUUCUUCAUCAUCUGAUCUAACAUCAACUGCACCUGCUUCAUCAUCGGAUCCAACAUCAGCUACACCUGAUUCUUCAUCGAAUCCAUCAUCAACUACAACUGCUUCAUGGGACCCAACAUCAACUAUACCUGCUCUAUCAUCGGAUCCAACACUAUCUACACCUGCUUCAUCAUCGGAUCCAACAUCAACCACACCUGCUACAUCAUCGGAUCCAACCUCUACUACACCUGAUUUGUCAUCAGAUCUAACAUCAUCCACACCUGCUUUAUUAUCGGAUCCAACUUCAACUACAACAGCUUCAUCGGAGCCAACAUCAACAACAACUGCUUCAUCGGACCUAACAUCAGCUGCACAUGCUUCAUCCUCGGAUCCAACACUAAUUACACAUUCUUCAUCAUCUGAUCUAACAUCAACUGCACCUGCUUCAUCAUCGGAUCUAACAUCAGCUACACCUGAUUCAUCAUCGGAUCCAUCAUCAACUGCACCUGCUUUGUCAUCAGAUCCGACACUAACCUCACCUGCUACAUCAUCGGAUGUAACAUCAACUGCACCUGCAUCAUCAUCGGAUCCAACAUCAGCCACACCUUCUACAUCAUCCGAUCCAACAUCAACUGCAUCUGCUUUAUCAUCAGAACAAACAUCUACUAAACCUGCUACUUCAUCAAAUCCAACAUCAACCACGUCUGCUUUAUUAUCGGAUCCAACAUCAACAACACCUAAUUCAUCAUCGGAUCGAACACUAUCUAUACCUGUUUCGUCAUCAGAUCUAACAUCAACUACAACUACUUCAUCAUCGGAUCUAACAUCAACUGAACCUUCUACAUCAUCGGAUCAAACACCAUCUACAUCUGCUUCAACAUCAAAUCCAACAUCUACAACAUUAGCUACACAUCCUUUAUCAUCGGAUUCAACACUAACUGAAACUUCUUCAUCAACGGGUCCAACAUCAACUGCACCUGCUUCGUCAUCAGAUCCAACAUCAACCACGACUGCUUUUUUAUCGGAUCCAACAUCAACUACACCAGAUUCAUCAUCGGAUUCAUCAUCAACUACAACUGCUUCAUCAUCGGACCCAACAUCAACUACACUUGCUUCAUCAUCGGAUGUAACAUCAACCGCACCUGCUUCAUCAUCGGAUCAAACAUCAACUGCACCUGCUGCAUCAUCCGAUUUUACAUCUACUACACCUGCUUCGUCAUCAGAUCAAACAUCAUCCACACCUGCUUCAUCGGAUCAAACAUCAACUGCACCUGCUGCAUCAUCGGAUUUUAGAUCUACUACACCUGCUUCAUCAUCGGAUCCAACAUCAACCACACCUACAUCAUCGGAUCCAACAUCAACUACAUCUGCUUCAUCAUCGGAACAAACAUCUACUACAGUUUCCUCAUCAUCGGAUCCAACAUCUACUGCACAAGUUUCAUCAUCAGAUCCAACAUCAACCACACUUGCUUCAUUAUCGGAUCCAACAUCAAGCACACCUUCUACAUCCUCGGAUCCAACAUCAACCACACCUGCUUUAUUAUCGAAUCCAACAUCAACUACACCUUCUUCAUCAUCAGAUCCAUCAUCAACUACAACUGCUACAUAUCCGGAUCCAACAUCUACUACACCUGCUUCGUCAUUAGAUCCAACAUCAAGCACACUUGCUUUAUUAUCGGAUCCAACAUCAACUGCACCUGCUUCAUCACCUGAUCCAACAUCAACCACAUCUGCUUCAUCAUCAGAACAAACAUCUACUAAACCUGCUUCGUCAUCAAAUCCAACAUCAACCACGCCUGCUUUAUUAUCGGAUUCAACAUCAACAACACCUUAUUCAUCAUCGGAUCGAACACUAUCUAUAACUGCUUCAUCAUCAGAUCCAACAUCAACUACAACUGCUCCAUCAUCGGAUCUAACAUCAACUGAACCUGAUUUAUCAUCGGAUCAAACAUCAACCACACCUUCUACAUCAUCGGAUCCAACACCAUCUACAUCUGCUUCAACAAUAAAUCCAACAUCUACAACAUUAGCUACACAUCCUUUAUCAUCGGAUUCAACACUAACUGAAACUUCUUCAUCAACGGGUCCAACAUCAACUGCACCUGCUUCGUCAUCAGAUCCAACAUCAACCACGACUCCUUUUUUAUCGGAUCCAACAUCAACUACACCAGAUUCAUCAUCGGAUCCAUCAUCAACUACAACUGCUUCAUCAUCGGAGGUAACAUCAACCGCACCUGCUUCUUCGUCGGAUCAAACAUCAACUGCACCUGCUGCAUCAUCGGAUCUAACAUCUACUACACCUGCUUCGUCAUCAGAUCCAACAUCAUCCACACCUGCGUUAUUAUCGAAUCCAACAUCAACCACACCUGCUUCAUCAUCGAAUCUAACAUCAAUUGCACCUGCUUCAUCCUCGGAUCCAACAUCAACCACGCCUACAACAUCGGAUCCAACAUCAACUACAUCUGCUUCAUCAUCGGAACAAACAUCUACUACAGUUUCUUCAUCAUCGGAUCCAACAUCCACUGCACAAGUUUCAUCAUCAGAUCCAACAUCAACCACACUUGCUUCAUUAUCGGAUCCAACAUCAAGCACACCUGCUUCAUCAUCGGAUCCAACAUCAACCACACCUGCUUUAUUAUCGAAUCCAACAUCAACUACACCUUCUUCAUCAUCAGAUCCAUUAUCAACUACAACUGCUACAUAUCCGGAUCCAACAUCUACUACACCUGCUUCGUCAUCAGAUCCAACAUCAAGCACACUUGCUUUAUUAUCGGAUCCAACAUCAACUACAUCUGCUUCAUCAUCGGAACAAACAUCUACUAAACCUGCUACAUCAUCAGAUCCAACAUCAACAUCAUCUGCUUCAUCAUCAAAUCCAAUAUCAACAACACCUGAAUCAUCACCGGGCCCAACAUCAACAGCACCUGCUUCAUCCUCGGAUCAAACAGUUACUACACCUGCUUCAUCAUCGGAUCUAAAAUCAACCGCACCUGCUUCAUCGUCGGAUCGAACAUCUACUACACCUGCUUCAUCAUCGGAUCAAACAUCUACUACACCUGAUUCGUCAUCAGAUCCAACAUCAACUACAACUGCUUCAUCAACUGACCCAACAUCAACUACAACUGCUUCAUCAUCGGAUCCAACGUCAACUACACCUGAUUCACCAUCGGAUCUAACAUCAACUGCACCUGUUUCAUCAUCGUAUCAAACAUUAACCACACCUUCUACAUCAUCAGAUCCAACAUCAACUGCACCUGCUUUAUUAUCCGAUCCAACAUCUAGCAAACCUAUUUCAUCAUCGGAUCCAAUAUCUACUACACCUGCUUCGUCAUCAGAUCCAACAUCAAACACACCUGCUUUAUUAUCGGAAAUAAUAUCAACUACACCGGUUUCAUCAUCGGAUCCAACAUCAACUACAACUGCUUCAUCAUCGGAUCCAACACAAACUACACCUGAUUCAUCAACAGACCCAACAUCAACUUCACCUGCUUCAUCUUCGGAUCAAACAUCUACUACACCUGUUUCAUCAUCGGAUCCAACAUCAACUACAACUGCUUCAUUAUCGGAUCCAACACAAACUACACCUGAUUCAUCAUCGAAUCUAACAUCAACAACACCUGCUUCAUCCUCGGAUCCAACAUCUACUACACCUGCUUCAUCAUCGGAUCAAACAUCUACUACAGCUGAUUCGUCAUCAGAUCCAACAUCGACUACAACUGCUUCAUCAACGGACCCAACAUCAACUACAUCUGCUUCAUCAUUAAAUCCAAUAUCAACUACACCUGUUUCAUCAUCGGAUCCAACGUCAACUACACCUGAUUCAUCAACGGACCCAACAUCAACUACAACUGCUUCAUCAUCGGAUCCAACGUCAACUACACCUGAUUCAUCAACGGACCGAACAUCAACUACACCUGAUUCACAAUCGGAUCUAACAUCAACUGCACCUGUUUCAUCAUCGGAUCUCACAUCAACCAAACCUACUACAUCACCAGAUCCAACAUCAACUGCACCUGCCCCGUCAUCAGAACCAACAACAAUCGUGCCUGUUUUAUUAUCGGAUCCAACAUCAAUCGCAUCUGCUUUAUUAUCAGAUCCAAUAUCAACUGCACCUGCAUCAUCGGGUCCAACAUCAACUACAACUGCUUUACCAUCGGAUGAAACAUCUACUACACCUGUCUCAAUAUCGUAUUCAUCAUCAACCACACCUGCUCGGGACGAGAGAUCGGAGAGUUCAACAUCCCUUCACACCUCUGCACUGUCAGUUGUUACCCCCCAUCUGGUAGGCGGCGCCUUGGCAGUGGUUAUUCUGAUGGCGGUGGGGGUGCUACAGAUCGCCCUGUCGUUGCAGUUCAUACAAAAGUUCAGGGAAGGGUUUCAACAGAGAGGACAGCGGAGAGACAGGGCUGUCGGUGAGAGACAAAUGAACUUGCCAGUAAAGAUUGUCACAUCAGGUCCUGGGUACUACCAACACUCUCUGUACACAAAUGGCAAACCAAGGUGACAACAUGAAUAGUAGUCCAUUCGCCCAUAUGCAUUCUAUCAGACCAUCGGGCAACAGGAAUAUCAGCCUUUUCCGCGCAUAUGCACAUCCAGCAGGACAACAUGACCAUUAGCCACUACGCACGCGCACGCAUCUAACAUGCCUGGGUGACAAGAUUAACCUCAGCCUCUAUGUCAAUAGACAUGUCCAGCAGGCUAACGUGAUAACAUGAAUAUUAGCCUCUAUGCACGCGUACACAUCUAACAGGCCUGGGUGACAAGAUGAAUCUCAGCCUCUAUGUCAAUAUACAUGUCCAGCAGGCUAACGUGAUAACAUGAAUAUUAGCCUCUAUGCACGCGUACACAUCUAAUAGGUCUGGGUGACAAGAUGAAUCUCAGCCUCUAUAUCAAUAUGCACAUCCAGCAGGCUAACGUGAUAACAUGAAUAUUAGCCUCUACGCACGCGUACACAUCCAACGGGCCUGGGUGACAAAGUAGAUCUGAGCCUUUACGUCAAUAUGCACAUCCAGCAGGCUAACGUGAUAACUUGAAUAUUAGCCUCUACGCCCGCGUACACCUCUAACAGGCAUCGAUGACAACAUGAAUCUCAGCCUCUACGCACAUAUGCACAUCCAGCAGACCGCGGUGUUAACAUGACUUUUAGAUGUAAGCUCGACAUGUAUGACCUCAGCUCACAUCUAUCGGGCCGUGGUCAUCAUCGCACGCUGCAUGUCACUCUUGCGUUUUCUUUACACAUCUGGGUGACCAUGGAGACCAAAUGAUAAUCUUGACGCUCUAUGUUCUAUGGAUAAAAUAGCAGAAAGCGGACAUUUACAACAUCCUACAUCCUACAUCAUAUUAACAUCCUACUUGGGAGCCCUGGGGAAAACUAGACACUGGACGCUAGAUAUCACUAGCACACCUUCACACCCUCUUUAAAUCCUCUGAGCAGUGGGCAUUUACUUUUCUCUUUGGCAGCAGCACUAACUUUAAGACUAAUCUUUGCAAAAUAACGUUUCUGAGUAUAUUUCUGUCUGACAUGAUCUAACAGCAUGUGGGGGAUAUAAUGAACGCCGGGUAUAGAGGUGUGACAAACACAUAUAUUAUAUGUUUUUAAGUUGUUAUACUAUAGAUACUUCUACAUUAAUAUUUAUUUUCCUUUUAAGUUCAUCCUUUUUUGUUAUAUACAUAUUUAUUGAAACAUGGUGGGUAACAUGAAUGAGAUGAAGCGGCCUGAAAAUCAUCUAGUUAGGGCACGAAUAAAGCAGUAGCCGUUAGGGAGAUAAUGUGAUUUCAGUUUAUACUUUCCUCCACAUUCAGAGACCAGUUGUAUUAAGUUAUUUUUCCUAUGACAUUUAAUGUAGCAGUGGACAACAUCAAUAUGUUUUGUUUUUAAAAUAGUUGGUCGAUACAUUUCAUGAUCAAAAUGCUAAGGUUUAUCAGAAAGAAAAAGGCUAAAUUUCAAUUCAACGCUAAAUCCGCCAAUCCGCUUUAGUGUAUUCGACGUCUACGUUUCACCAUAAACAUGACUGUGACAGUUUCGCGUGCCUAAAUUCUAAAAUUAUCGUGUUUACACCUUAUGACUCAUUAAACCUUAUGAGCCAUCCUUGUAUACAUAACAUUGUGUAUAAAACCUUUGUAUGCACACUGAUGUUAUAUAGUACACAACAUGAAAUAGAAGGCCACCCUUGUGGUUUAUAUACAACAUGGGAUAGAAGCUUACGGCCGCCCUUGUAGUUUACACACAACAUGAAACAGAAGGCCACCCUUGUGGUUUAUAUACAACAUGGGAUAGAAGCUUAAGGCCGCCCUUGUAGUUUACACACAACAUGAAAUAGAAGGCCACCCUUGUGGGUCACACACAACAUGAAAUAGAAGGCCACCCUUGUUGGUCACACACAGCAUGAAAUAGAAGCCCAUCCUUGUAGUUUAUACACAACAUGAAAUAGAAGCCCACCCUUGUAGUUUAUACACAACAUGGGAUAGAAGCUUAAGGCCGUCCUUGUAGGUAGUUUACACACAAAAUGAAAUAGAAGGCAACCCUUCUAGUUUACACAUAACAUGAGAUGGAAGGCCACCCUUUGAAUAUCUAUGUAACAAGGAAUAUGUCAAAUCAGGGAAUAUUUUAACUCCCUGAAAUUUUCAGAGAAUAUAUCUAAUAUUUCAUUCUCGCAGGGAGUAUACAUAAUCCCUAACAUAGUUUACACACAACAUGAAACAGAAGGCCACCCUUGUUGGUUACACACAAAAUGAAAUAGAAGACCACCCUUCUAGUUUACACAUAACAUGAGAUGGAAGGCCACCCUUUGAAUAUCUAUGUUACAAGGAAUAUGUCAAAUCAGGGAAUAUUUUAACUCCCUGAAAUUUUCAGAGAAUAUAUGUAAUAUUUCAUUCUCGCAGGGAGUAUACAUAAUCCCUAACAUUUUCAGGUAUUAUACAUAUUCCCUGGUUUGACACCAAGCUUUUUAGAAAUGUGUCAGCCCAAAUAAUAUAUAUUCAAAUAUUGAGCUGAUCUGGAAAUAUAUGCUGGAAUAUCUAUGAACUAUGGGAAGAUAUGCAUGAAUAUUCAGGAGAAAUGGUAAGAUAUGAAAUGAUAUUUAGUUGAUGUGGGAAGAUCUGUACUGACAUUCAGGCGAUAUGAGAAGAUACGCAUGAAAAUCAAGGAGUUGUGAGAAGAUAUGCAUGAAUAUUCAGGCGGUGAGGCAAGAUACAUUCUAUGCAUGGAUAUUUCGGUGGUAUUGGAGCAGAGAGUUGUACAUCCAUCAUAUAUAAUAUAUCAAUGGUUGACAGAGUUCAGUUACACUACAAGUAAAUGAAGUAGUAUAUGUAUGAAUCUUCUUUUUGGUGAUGAAAAGGGGGUAAAGCUUCUGGACUGGAUCCAGUAGACGUCCAAAUCUUAAAAAGAUUUCCCACAGCAUAUUGAAUAUUUAUUUUAAAAUUUGUCAUUUUCAGUGGGCAAAAUAGGGCCCUCGUCUAAAUUCCUACUUUUUAUAAACAAGACAUAAUCUCAAAGUUGCUACAUUCAUAUUAUCCAUUGACAUAAUUAGGCUGUGCAGGGAGAAAUAAUCUCCAAUCAUACCAAUUAAGUCUUAAUUGGGGCUUUUGCGCUGUAGCUGUAUGCCUUGGCUAUGUCAAACUGUAGGUUAUCUGAGACUAAACUAACUUAGAUCAAUUGGCGAUCUGGUAAAGUUUAGUUUCUGAAAAUACCUGAAAUGGGCUGUGAUCGUUUACAUACAAUGUUUGUUUAUUAUGAUGACUAUGCUUAGUUAUCUAUUGUUGUAAACCUCCCGAUUGUUCUCCAAUCGGGUUAAGUCUCACAAACGUUAUAAUGGGACUUUAUAUAAUAUCCCAGCGAUUAUGUAUUUAGAACUUCUGGUGAUUUUGUAACAUGUGAAUGUCCCUCACUAGAGAUUUACUUUGCAUUGGAGCACAGUGUAGACAAGGAAAUGUGCAGAAUGGUGUAACACCAAAUGAUAACUGUACUCGUGGAUUGAACUUGAAACCUUCGCAUCUGAUAAACCACAAUGCUUUUAAGAAUCUCAUCUUCUCAGUUCUUGGAAAGUUGUUUGUUACAUAAAAUUGUUGAUAAAUGUUGCUUCAGAUUAUGUUUUUCGGUUCAGAGGUUAGAUAAAAUACUUAUCCUCAUCCAAAUCACAUACAUUUAUCCUACACGUAUAUAUGUGUACUUGUGCUUCUAUUUAAACUAUCUCCCUGUGAACAUGUUUUUGGUUCAACUGGUUUUGUUUGUUACAUUAUUAGUUUUUGUUUUUUUAUCUAUCAACUCUUACUUGUUAUUCUGUCCGUGUACAUACAUUUACAAGAUGCUCAACUCGUCGCACAAAGUCAUGAAUAAAGAUUCAA